CUAUUUUUAUCUCCAACCAUAUUCAUCCACGAAAAUAUUUUAUUUAAUUACCGUUCAUUGAUUUGUUAAUAAAAAAAUUUUACAAGCUUCUGGCCGACUUUUUCAUUAUAUAUUCUUGUUAAUCGAAAUCUUUAAGGUUUAAUUUCAAUCUUGUUUUCGAUCUUUAAACUUCCAACGUAAUAUUAAAUAAUAAAUUUUAGAGCAGGAUGCUUAAAAUAUAACGAAUUCCUUACUUGUUGAUAUUCUUAAUGAUGUUAUGUUUUGUAUGAAAUUGUUUUCCAAAAUGUCCAAACUACCCAUUGUUUUUGCAUUAUUCAGCAGUAAAAUCAAUGAUAUUUUGGUCCUUUUGACCCCCUGCUGCUUAUGGUUGCUUUCUGUGAAGAUAUACAUUACCUACGUACACUAGGCUUGCAGUUUUGUUGGACAAAAAGAAAUGGAGUACAAGCAAUUCGGGACUUCUUCUUCUCCAAGAAUCAGACGGGUUCAAUCAAGUGACGCAAGAUUCCGGCCAUCAACAUCGGAGUUACCAAGGAAUCGUUUGGUUUCAGCCAUAUAGCUGAUCGUUUUAUUGAAUCAAAACCCUGGAAAACAAGUCAUUUUUUGUUGGUAAAGCAGGAGUCUUUCGCUUGUUGAAUCAAGGGGCUGAAACAAGAACAUAGAAGCGAUGGUGCUUAUCCCAUCAUUUCUCGAUGGAUUGGCAAGAACAGUUUCGAUCAAGAAAGGGAGGAAUGGUGGUCAGACGGAUGUUGGAAGAGAAGCAGCGGAAACCAUGGCCAAAGAUGCAAAGAAGAAUGAACUGAUGAGGAGUUCCUCUGGUACAGUCAAGUCCAUCAAGUCGAGCAAUUUUGCCUCCGUCUGCUCCAAGAGAGGACAGAAAGGAAUCAACCAGGAUUGCGCAGUGGUCUGGGAGGAAUUUGGAUGCCAAGAAGACAUGAUCUUCUGCGGUAUCUUCGAUGGGCAUGGACCUUGGGGCCAUGUUGUAGCCAAAAGGGUUAGGGAAUCAGUGCCUUCUUCUUUACUAUGCAACUGGCAGAAAAAUCUUGCCUUAACUUCACUUGGUCAGGAAUUGGACAUGGAAGUACUGAACAGAAGUAUUCAUCAGUUUGAUGUCUGGAAGCAAUCUUGCUUGCAAACUUAUGCUGACAUUGACCUUGAGCUUAAACAGCAUCCUGGGAUAGAUUCUUUCCGUAGUGGGACUACAGCCUUGACAAUCAUCAAACAGGGUGAACAUCUUGUUAUAGCAAAUGUUGGGGAUUCUCGGGCGGUCCUGGCAACCACCUCAGAUGAUGGCAAUUUGGUACCACUCCAGCUUACAGUUGACUUCAAGCCUAACAUCCCCGAGGAGGCUGAAAGGAUAACACAGUCGAAGGGUCUAGUCUUUUGUUUAAGAGAUGAACCUGGGGUGUACAGGGUCUGGAUGCCUAAUGGGAACACACCAGGGCUAGCUCUAUCAAGAGCCUUCGGUGACUACUGCGUCAAAGAGUUUGGGCUCAUUUCUGUGCCUGAUGUGACCCAAAGAAACAUAACAGGCAGAGACCAAUUUGUCAUUUUAGCAACAGAUGGGGUGUGGGAUGUUGUUUCCAACCAAGAAGCAGUGGAGAUUGUUUCUUCAGCAGAAGAUAGGGAAAAAUCAGCCAAAAAAUUGGUUCAAUGUGCCAUCCGAGCAUGGAAAUAUAAGAAAAGAGGCAUUGCCAUGGAUGAUAUGUCGGCUAUCUGCCUCUUCUUUCACCCCACGCUGUCUCGAGAGGUCAACCUCGUCAAGGCCUCCAAAAAAGCUGGAAUGAAGAAACUUGCCUAACUGCUUGUUGGCCAUUGCCUUUCUCUUUAGGUGAUUCUAUCUGUUAGCUCUAUUGUAAUAUAUUAUGUAUGGAUGUAAACCUGUUCGAAAGAGCUCAUAAGCUGCAUCUGCCUCAGCAGAUGCUUUCAAGUUUCAAAUA